ACACCAAACUGCCACUGGUGUAAUGACGGAUUAUUAGCUGAUUGAACUACGAGGUGAACGAAUUGAAUUGUGCUGAAAGCCACUUCCUAUUCCAGGUAUUCAAGACUAGAAGGAGCAUUCUGAUAAGAACACUGCAGACCAGUGAAUGAUGAAUAGGAGGCCCAACCUGAAUGGGUCUGGAGGACCAAGGUCCAUCGGUGUUCCACUACUCUGUCCUUCUAACAGAGUGCUGCUGGAGAGAGAAGAGGUCAGCCAGGACCCAGUGAUGGCCUCCUCUUUCAGGCCCUCAGCGUUCCCCUCCCUGCAUGUUGUGCCUCGGCCUCCCCCUCCUGACGACGUCUGGUCCAAGAGGCCCACAGCUGCCCACAGAAAGAGGAGAGACCUCCAGUCCCUAGUUCCUGUCCAGGAUGGAUGUCGUGAGUCUCCCGGUUGGAUUAACAGCAGCAGCUCCCAGCUGCCUGCCAAAACCAACAGACGCAGGCGCAACAAGGAGCUCUCCUUCACUGAGGUUCUGAAGAACUACAAGCUUCUACCUGAUUCCCGGCCCAGCAGCCCAGAGAGCCUGCACCAGCAUGAGAUGAUGAUUCCUAGAAUCCCUGUCAGCAUCACUAGACCUGAGGGGAGGCCUAGCAACCCUCGACGCCCCACAAGACGGCCUGUUAGACCAGUUGUCCUGGUCCAGCCUGACGUACAGCCUUCCAGACCUGAGGGGAGGCCAAGCAACUCUCGACGCCCCACUAGACGGCCUGUUAGACCAGUUGUCCUGGUCCAGCCUGACGUACAGCCUUCCAGACCUGAGGGGAGGCCAAGCAACUCUCGACGCCCCACUAGACGGCCUGUUAGACCAGUUGUCCUGGUCCAGCCUGACGUACAGCCUUCCAGACCUGAGGGGAGGCCAAGCAACUCUCGACGCCCCACUAGACGGCCUGUUAGACCAGUUGUCCUGGUCCAGCCUGACGUACAGCCUUCCAGACCUGAGGGGAGGCCAAGCAACCCUCGGCCCCCCACUAGACGGCCUGUUAGCCCCGUUGGCCUGGUCCAGCCUGACGUACAGCCUUCCAGACCUGAGGGGAGGCCGAGCAACACUCGGAGCACCACUAGGAGAAAAGUGAGGCCCAGUAAUCCUGUUUGUCCCGUUAUUCUUGAGUCCCGACCUCCCAGUCCUGUGAGCAUCACUACCAGCAUUGUGGACCUAGUCCAGUUUGAGUCCUGUCCUGCUGUGAGUCUGGUCCAGCCUGAGUCACGUCCUGCCUGCCCUCUGACCCUGGAGGAGCUGGCCCUUUCAGAGUCAUGCAGCUUCAGCAACAAUGUGUUUGUUCUCUCCAUGCCGAAAGCUGCCCAGCCAGAGGAGGCUGCAAGAGGGAGCAGCAGCGCACCCAGGGACAUCAUCAGGCCUGAAGCCUUCGUCCAGACAGGACCCCUGCUGGCCAGGAGAGCCCAGAGGGAUGCUCCUCCUCCAAAGAAGCUCCCCAAACCCCCUGUGGCCCCCCGGCCCAAACUGCUGCCCUCCCUGGGCCAGGGCAACGUGUCCCUUGUCAGUGCCAACGCCUGGGAUGAAAGGACCAAGAAGAAGAGAAAGAAAGGAGUCAGAGUCCAGAGGUCUAGCCUGGGCCUGAGACAUAUCCCCCGUGACCUAGAGCUGGCCAUGAUGAGGCCCCGUCUGGUCAAGUCGGCCGAUCCCUCCCAGCGUCCCUACCAGCCGUGGGACGACGAGGACGAGGUGGACAUCUACGCCCUGAGGCGCACAGCCUUCAUGUGCCCCAUGUACGACCAGGAGGAGAGCAGCGGCAGGGGCAACAAGAGGGUGGCAGUGGAGGCCCUGGACAACAUUCCUUUCAGAAGGAAGAUCACCUUGUGUUAUUUCAUGGGGGGGCGCAGGGUCAUGCUGCCAAAAGACUACUAACCCCACCCCCCUCAAUUUACACAACAACCCCCUUAGUCCCAGACAGCGAAGAACAGGACACACACAGAGAGACAGAGUGGACACCAACAGGGCCAUCAGAGGGACAGAGAUCCUCUCAGUUGAUGUUAGGAAUGUCAGCUACGAAAAGCUUCAAUAGACCAUCUCUGUAGCAAGAGAACCUCCAGUAAUCAGACUGGGCUGUCCUCUGUCUCCCCUCAUCUCUGAUACAUCAGACUGGGCUGUCCUCUGUCUCCCCUCAUCUCUGAU